CGUCUAUGCCUCCUAAGUUUUGAAAUGCAACAACAACAGGGUGGUCAAAGAAUGUCAGAGAUCUUCUAAUGAUGUCAUGUACUAACUAGCUGCACUAUUCUAGAAUAGCAUAAACUAGUAUAGCCAAGCAUAAAAAUGAGGUGAGUCCUAUAGUAUUACCAGCCGUAACGUACCACCUCCACUCUCUCUCAGCGAUUCUUAUUGUUUUUCUUCGUUUCUUUAUCUCUACUCUCUGUCAUCACUCCCUUCUCCAUGUCUCCAAAAGAAACAUUCGGCGAGCUCAGCCCUUGGGCCGAGCCAGCCUGGUACAACAUCCUCGACUCGCCCUACUACAACUCCACGCACAGAAAGCUGGCCGCCUGGGCCCGCAACUACAUCGACGAGAAUGUUCUUCCGUACGCGCAGGAGUGGGAGGAAUCCGGAUGUGUCCCAAAAGAGGAAACUAUGAAGUUCGUCAGCGCAGGCUUCGUACUCCAGAGCAUCCCGCAAAAGUACCGUCCGGGGACUUCUCUUCCUGCCGGCAUCUCAGCCGAUGACUGGGACAUCUUCCACCACCUCAUCCUCACCGACGAGACCGCCCGCGUUGAGUCCGGCGUGCUGACUGCCCUCUCCGGAGGUGGCACGAAAAUCGGCGUCCCACCCAUCAUCGCCUUCGGCACGGAGGCGCAGAAGCAGGCCUGGCUGCCAGGCAUCUUUACGGGCGAGACGCAGUUCUGCCUCGGUGCGACGGAGCCGUCUGGGGGCUCGGAUUUGGCUAAUCUGAGGACGACGGCGAGGAAGACGCCAGAUGGGAAAUUCUAUAUUGUGAAGGGGACAAAGAAAUGGAUCACGGGCGCACUUCAAGCAACACAUAUGACAACCGCUGUGAGGACCGGAGGCCCUGGCGCGGGCGGCGUCUCCGUGCUGGUGAUCCCUACCGAUCUGCCCGGUUUCUCGGCCAAGAAGAUCUACAACAGCGGUGCGAACGCAGCAAAUAGUGCGUGGGUCUACCUCGAGGACGUCAAGGUGCCAGUCGAGAACAUAAUAGGGCAAGAAAACAAGGGCUUCCUCACCCUUAUGACAAACUUCAACAAAGAGCGCUUUCUCAUGUCCGUCGGCUCCAACCGCAAGGCGCGCACCUGCCUCACCACGGCCCUGAAGUACGCGCAAGACCGUGAAACCUUCGGCGCGCCCUUAAUAAGCAACCAGAUCAUCCGUGACAAAUUCGCCACCAUCGCGCGGGGCGUAGAGUCGAACUUCGCGUGGCUGGAGCAGAUCGCCUACCACGCCAGCCGCCGAGGGUGGUCGGGCCCGGAGCUGGCGAGCCGCAUGGCGCUGUCCAAGGUCAAUGGCACGAGGUUGCUGGAGCUGGCGUGUAGGGAGGCGCAGCAGGUGCUUGGGGGCGCUGGGUAUCAGCGAGGGGGGGUGGGUUGGCAGGUCGAGCAGAUUAGUAGGGAUCUGAGGAUGUACUCUGUGGGUGGGGGGAGUGAGGAGAUUAUUUCGGAUUUAGCGGUGAGGCAGGAGUUGAAGGUCUCGAAGGCGCUGGGGGCGAAGCUGUAGUUAAAGAGCUGCGUCUUGUGUCGUGUGAAACGAUGUAUACGUUAUGGUAGAGUCACUAGAGCACUUUGCAAUUGUGUUGUACGGCAAUAACCUCUUGGAAACGCAGCGCCUUUAGUGCGCAUUAAUCCACCGC